UCCUCUGCAUGCUAGGAGGAUCACUUCCAGACCUGAUACUGAAUGACUUCGGACCCCAGAAACCCACACGAGGACUGAAAGAAGGACAUUAAACAUAGAACGGGAGUUUAAACUUGUGGAGAAACCUGUUUGGUGGGUUUUUUCUUUUUUUGGGGGGUUUGGCUGGUGAGACUUUAAGUGUGAAAGGUUUUUUCAUUUUCGCUUUAUUGGAAAAGCACUUUGCUCACUCUGGCUUGUGGGUAACAUUUAAUCAUUCAUCCAUUCCACCAUGCAAACGGAAAGCACCAAUGGGUCUGUUUACCAGCUUAUCGAGGACUGCGAGGCCACGAACAAGGCGCUGUACAAGUUCUACGCAGCCGUCAUGAUCGUGAUUUUCCUCCUGGCUCUGCCUCUCAACGCAUCGGUCCUGCACCUCUUCAUAUUCAAGCUGAAAUUCUGGAAGACCAACACCAACAACAUCUUCCUCUUCAACCUGGUGUUGGCAGACAUUCUUCUGCUUUUCUGUUUGCCCAUAAAGGCAUACAACUUCAUCCAAGGGGAAAGGCGGAGCGAAAACGACACGGUGUGCAAAGCCAUGCUCUUCAUGUUGUUCUUGAACCGCGGGGCGAGCAUCGCCUUCCUGACGGUGACCUCUAUCGACCGCUAUUUCAAUGUUGUGCACCCCGGGCGCAAGAACCUCCUGAGAGCUCUUAAGAAGUCUCCACACAUCUCUGUCUUCAUCUGGCUGCUCCUCCUGCCCCUCACCAUCCCCACCAUGCUGAAGAACUUUGACUGCUGCAACAGCCACAGCCCGGGGCGUGACGAUACUUUGGUGAAGGACGUGGUGGACAGCAUGCGAGAAGUGGUCUUCUUUUCCCAGAUUGUCAUCCCCUUCUUCAUCCUGGUCUACUGCACGGUGCACAUCGUCAACCGGCUCAGGAAAAAGACCGUCGGGGAUCGGACCAAGCUGAGGAGGGCCGUCUUCCUGGUGACCUCCGUCAUCGUGGUCUUCUCGCUCUGCUUCCUCCCCUGCACCGUGGCCCGGAUGGUCCUGCUGAUCGCCCGGGUCGAGGAGUGGUCCGACGCCGGGCAGGACAAAGCUACGGUGGCCUUCGACGGCCUCAUGGUCCUCUCCUACGUGGACUGUCUGCUGGACCCGCUGGUCUACUGCUUCUGCAGCACCAAGUUCAAAGGCCUUUACCUCUCCAGUUAUUUCCCGUUCUUAUUGAAAGAGGGUCACGUGCUGCCGGACAGCUCGACAGGAAACACGUUGCCACCGCCGCGCAAUAAUGUCAUUUGAAAUGGGGGGGGGGGAACCAAAAGGAUUCUACUACAGACUGAUGUAGCGUCCCCAAAAUGAGGGGACUAUGAAGGCAAAACCCAGUUGUUAUUUAGGAUUCUAUAUUCAACGCUUCAAAUAAUAACCUCAAUGUGUUUCUAUUUUUCUCUUGAAUAAAAACGUUGGUAAGUCAAGUAUGUAUAUAGGUACCUAUGUAAAUAAGGAGCUCUGGUUCUUAGACAGUUGGUCAUAUAUUGCAUGGCGUGGUUUUUCUGUGACUCAAUAGAUCAAAUCGUCUGCUGAUGGUCUCAGAUUUAUUCAUGGUGGUGGACUUUUUUUCUUUUUGAAUAGGAGGGCCAAAGUAUGCACAUCUGUUUUUCUUUUCUGCUCGGGCAGAGAGUAGUUGUGGCCAUAAAUAAUUAUUUUUUUCACUGUGUGGGGGAAAAAAACAACAGGAAUCUUAUUUGCCUUACGCAACCUUUAUCUAAGCCUCGACAUGAACCAAAUAUCUGUGUUAAAUGCCAUCAGUUAAGGCCUAAAAAACAUAACCAUGUCACCCAUAAGGUGUGGUUUUUAAAACCACACUGGAAAUAGUGAAGAUUUCCAAACCAAGGGAACUGAAAGGGGGAAGGGUCUGAAACGUGUGCAUGUAACUCAUGCAUAUAUUACCAUGGUCAGUCCCCUAGAAUACUUACCCCUGAACACCCAUGCAGGAAGUGGAUUGUGAAAGUUGAGUUUUUUUAUGGAUCUGUAUAAUUGUGCUGUACAUAUUUCCCGUACGGCCUGGUUCUCUUGUCUUGUGAGUUGAAGAGCCCCCUUUCUGACAAACAUGAAUCCAGCACACCAAAAGAAAUGCGUCAAACCUUUCUAUUCAAUAUGAAUCUUGAAUCAUGCUUUGAACCACGCAAAAAAAAACCUCUACUCGUAUUCCCGUGAAUCCUUUUGCGCAUGUGUUAGUCAUCGGGAUGGCCUUACGUACAUUGAUGAUGCCAUGAACAGUAACAGUACCGUGUCUGUUAAUCACUGUCUGCUUAUAAAUACACUCAUUUGAGACUCA